AUGGCAAAAUUUACGUUGAUCGUUCCUGUGGUUUUAUUCGCUUUUUUCGUGCAAUACGGUGAAUCGGUCCGCUGUUGGACUUGCUCGUCGGAUUUGAACCCGCUGUGUAACGACCCGUUCCUUGCCGGCCAGACAGAAAACUCCUACCUGUUCCGUCUAGAGAACUGCGAUGCUACCUCUGCAGUGUCUUACCCUUACCUGACAUCAUCAGUUUCCGCUUGCAAGAAACAGAAGAAAUUCGUUCGCGGUGAGAUGGUUAUUUCACGAGGAUGUACAUGGAAACGCAGAGACGACUACUCCAAUACGUGCCCUAGCACAUCAACCUCUUCAUACAACGAAGUGACCUCGUUCUGCGAGACAUGCCAAUAUGAUGGUUGUAAUGGAGCAUCUGCUAUUACGAAAACAAUCGCUUUGCUAGUUGCACCACUAGGUCUCUUGCUCUUCAAGUAA